GGGCGGGGCGGGCGGCGGGCGGUUGCGGCCCGGCUGCGGCAGCGCAGCGGUGCGGUGCGGUGCGGAUUUGAGGCUCGGCCCGGUCCGGUCCGGCCGCCCUCUCUCCGUUCCUCCGCCAUGGCGCUGCUCCGCGCCGCUGCGCUGCCCGCCGACGGCCCCCCGGCUUGGCUGCCCACCCACGUGCAGGUGACGGUGGUCCGGGCCCGGGGGCUGCGCUGUAAGGGCGGCGGCGGCGGUGGGGGCAAAGCGGGCAGCAGCGACGCGUAUACCAUCAUCCAGCUGGGCCGAGAGAAGUACUGCACUUCGGUAGCGGAGAAAAGCGGCGGCUGCCCCGAAUGGAAGGAGGAAUGCGCCUUCGAGCUGCCGCCCACCGAGCCCGGGGUUGAGGCCGCGGUGCUGCUCACCGUCAUGCACCGCGCCCUGGUGGGCAUGGAUCGCUUCCUGGGCAUGGCCCGGGUACCGCUGCGGGCUGCGGGGCUGCAGGGCAGGGCGGCCGAGGAGAGGUGGCACAAGCUGCAUUCCAAGCCCGGCAAGAAGGAGAAAGAACGUGGUGAGAUCCAGGUGAGCAUCCAAUUCACACGCAACAACCUCACAGCCAGCAUGUUCGACCUGUCCAUGAAGGACAAACCACGGUCACCCUUUGGCAAGCUGAAGGACAAGAUGAAGGGCAAGAAGAAGUACGACUUGGAGUCAGCCUCUGCCAUCAUCCCCAGCAGCAUGGGUGCGCUCGACAUGGAGGAUGAUUACGACGUCGGUGGCAAGAAGUCCAAAGUGAAGGGCUUCUUCCUGAAGAACAAGCUGCGCAAGUCAUCCCUAACGCAGUCCAACACCUCUCUGGGAUCCGACAGCACCAUCUCAUCAGCCAGCCUGGGCAUGGCCACCAGCGGCCCCGAGGUAACCAGGUCUCCCAGCAGACACAGCAGUCUGUCCACGGAGCGCUCCGUGAAGGACUUUUUACCUUCUCCAAAGCUGACCCACAAGAGAGCAUUCAGUGAUGACGUCUCCCAGGUCAGCCCUAUCCUGGAGCCGAAAGCAAUCCACAGCCUGAAGCUAAAGACAGAUCCCGUGUCCCGCUCUUCUCUCUGCAUCAAUGGGAGCCAUGUGUACAGUGAUGAGCCAACCCCAAGGAGCCCCGUGCCCACCCCGCAGGGCUCCACACCGCUGCCUGUUCCCAAAAGGCCAGAGGAGGGUUUUGGCUUCAUCCCAAUCCACAACGACCCCCACGAGGUGCCCUGGGGGGCCAGCAGCUUGGAGAGGACACAGCAAAGGGACGAGAUGAGAUUCAUCCCCUCUCCUCCCAGCUUGGUUUUGCAGGAAGAACUCAAGGUGUCCACCAAAGCUGUGACCCUCAGCAACCACCUGGGCAGAGCCAGGAUGGAAGAAAACAACCGCCUGGAGAACAAGCCGACCCAGGUGGCAACACCCAUGGUCUUCUCUGCAGAGGUGACAAAGGAGAAGCAACCCGAGGAAAUGAGGAAGGAAGAGAAGAAAACAAAGGGCGGGCUCUUCCACAAGAGUGAUGCGGGGAGCAGGGGCCAGGGGGAGAAAACAGGAGCCUCGCAUGGCUCUGCAGCAGUGGGAGAUGACAGGAGCAAGGCUGGCGGCUGGUUUGGUUCCAAGGAGCCCAAAGACUCCCCCCAGAAACCCAGCCUGGAAGUGUCUCCUCAGGUAGAAACCAGCUCAGAUGCUCCUUCUCAUUUUCCUCCCCGCUCCCCUGCCCGGUUCCCUGCUGCUGCUGUAGCCCAUCUUGCUCGCAUGCUGAGCCCUAACCUCCCUCCUGCUACCGGAGACAGUCAGCCUGGAUGCUUGUCCCCUACCAACCCAUUCCUCAACUCCCUGCAGAGCAAUCCCUUCUUUGAGGACCUCCUCGCUGACCAGGUACUAAAUUCUCCUUCACCUACUCACUUUUUCUCUAGUUUCCCGUCUGAGCCGCAUGCUUCAACAGAGGUCGCUGGGAGCUUGUGUUCCUCUGAGGAUUGCAGUCCCUCUGCCUCCCUAAGACUUAAAGAUCCAGAGGGAGAACCUCCAGCCAAAAGCGUUGGUGUCCCCGUGCCUGAAACCACUCCUCCGUCCCAUGCAGACCCUCCUCCUCCAGAUGAGGAACCCACCGCCUCUCCUCCUCCCCUCUCAGAGUGGGAUGAGACCUUCGAUGCCUUUGCCACCAGCAGGCUCAGACCAGACUCAAAGAAGGAGGACUUUUUUACUUCGGUGGCGGCGGAGGGCAUGGCUUUCAUCGACGAUCCCAAUGCCGCCAGCCCCACAGAACGGUCAGCUGAGCCAGAUCCUGAGGAGGGGACACAGGGCUUUGAAAAGGCCGAGCCACAGAUCAGCAGUGAAAUGCCCCCAGCGCUGCGGUCUUGGACAAAUUUCUCUGGUUUGGAUGUGGGGGCAAACCUGGUGAGCACAACCCAGGAAGCGACAGUGAUAGAGGAUGUGCUGAGCCCUGUGUCUGCAGGGUCGGCAGCGAGGAGAAGGAAGAGCAGCACUCCGAUGGUUUGGGCUGCCUCAUUGUCAUCUGGAAAUCCGGGGGAAAAGGAGGCUUCCACCCUGCUAAGUUCUGAUAAUUGUGCUGGGGAGGAACGGGACAGUAAUGAGGAAGAAACCUCGAGCGUAGGGGAGAAUGGCUGGAUGACUAUUGCCACCGAAACUGCGCCCGAUCCUUCUGAGAGCACACAGAGCAUUGGCCAGGGGAGCGUGUUUGGGCAGCGGUCCUUCCAUGGCGAGGGCACCUUUGAAACGAAAAGUACUCCUCGUGUCCUUCCCCAAAGCACCUUCAGCUCUGAAAACACAGCAGAAACAAUACUGGGCAGCAAUGUGGCUGCUGUGCCCCCACGAGUGCUGCAAGACAUGGCAGCAGGGUGCUUCCCCGUGGCUCCGGACAUGGGGAAGGAGCUGCAGGAUGAUGGCAGGGAGAUGUUUGACAUCAGGAGCUCGGUGUACCGGCUGCAGGCCAGCAUGCGGUUGGAGGCUGGUGAGGGCCAUGUGAAGAUGGGCUCUGAUGCUGUCCUCACAAUGUGGACGGGUGUGCGAGGGAAGGAGGAGGUCAUGCCACCUCCCAAACCUCCGCGGUGGUUUGCAGCCGUUUGUGGCAGAGGGGAGGAUGAGAACAAUGCUAGUGACACAACGGCAAGGCAGCGAGGUGGGGAGGAGCAGCAGGAGGGUGAGGAGGGCCUGGAGCAACCACGGAGCCAUCUGAGUGGUGACACAGCUGUCCUAGCACCUCACACAGCUGUGCAUGAGGAUGCUGCUGACGUGGAGGCAGGAGGGGACACCUCUUUGGGAGAAGAGCCACUGGAGAUGAAUGGGACAGAUGUGGCUGAACACUUUGAGACCUGCCCCUCCAGGUUCUCCGUGGAUGAGCUCACCCCAUCGGGUGCUGCAGGGAGCUGGAAUCAGCUGGCUUUGUCUCCUGUGUCACAGCUCAGCCUCAGCGCAGAGCCAUCAAUAGCCCCAGAGCAGAAGGAAUGCCCUGAGGAGCUUGGUGUGUCAGCACCAGACCUGUCCCUCAGGCCGGACUCAGGCCAACCCGAGACCUUCUGGACGGCGUUGGAGGAGCAGGAGGCAUUGGGCCGCCCGCACAGGUUAGCGCCAGAGCAGCACCAGGGUGAGGGGCCGGCGGUGGGCUGUCCCCAUCAGGCAGAGCAGGGCUGGCCGCCUGCAGGGAUAGACUUCAAGAAGGUGGAAUUCUGGAAGCUAGAUAGAACGGAGGAGAGGAGCGAGCAGGAUGCUGCAAGCCCAGGCAAUCCCUUUGCUCUGGCAGUCAGCCCUAUUGCCCCCACAAAUCCCUUUGUGGAAAAGCCAGCAGACGCCCUUCCCGUCCAGGCUGUGCUGCCUGAAAGGUUCAGCUCCCCCCAGCUCCAUGGGGAAGCCCUUCAACAAGGCUUCCAGCCCACUAACCCCCCAGGGGACCCGCUAGGCAAUCCUUCCCUGCAUGACAGCCAGCCCUUGGCCUUCUCCACCCCUUUCCCCGUGGCUGUGACUAACCCCGAGCAGUUUGAUUUCCCCUCCCCUGCCGCGACCAGCCAUGCCGCAGCCCAGCCCUGCCCUUUGCCGCAGUCCGGUGACACACAAGCUUCAGCACUCGUGGUUUUGCCCAGGGAGACACAGCCAGCUGAGAAGCCCUUUUUCCAGCAGAUGACCAGUCCUCACCCGGUGAAACCCAUCAGUGCUGCAGUGCAGGAGGUCUCCAGUGAGAAGAAGCAGCAGAACAAAUCCAGCCUGACCACAGCGCUGAGCAAUGGCCUGGAGAAGCUGAAGACAGUCACCACAGGCAGUGUUCAGCCUGUGGCCCCCUCAUCACACCUGGAGAAAACAGACCCAAAGAAGGAUCCCAACGUGUUGGACCAAUCAGCCAAAUAUUAUCAUUUGACCCAUGAUGAACUCAUCCAGCUCCUACUGCAGAGAGAGAAGGAGCUGAGUAAGAAGGAGGAGCACAUCCAGGAACUGGAGAAUUACAUUGACCAGCUGCUGGUGCGCAUCAUGGAGCAGUCUCCCACGCUCCUCCAGAUCCCGCUGGGGGAAGCCAAGACCAAGUAACCUCCCGGCAGAGACCAGCAUCACUUGCCUAAAGCACUUCCAGUAAACACGCUGCAAACACCCCUGCACUCCCCCCUCCUCUUAAAGAAGGCUUCUCCAGUGGCUUCUGUUCGCAGAGUUUAGCAGGAAUGGUUAUCUGCUCCUUCCCAACCUAAGCUUAUUCCAGUUCUGGCUCCAGGGAACUGUAGGGUGGUGGGCUGUCAGCUACCCUAUGGGGAGGAGCAGAGCCCUCUUCAGGAGGCAGAUGCUUCCUGAGGUUCCUGUCAUAACCAAGUAGCAUCUUCUCAGGCACUCAUCCUACCAAUGCUUUAAGUGGUCCAUGAACAUUUGAGAGCUGGAAACCAGCCACCUCGCCCUUGUCUUCAUCCUGCUACUGCUGCUCUUCUGCCUACACUCUUCCACAGUCUCUUCUCUGCAAUGGUGUGCUCUGGCUGAGGGACAGCGUUAAACUGGCUGACAAAAUUGGGGAUGCCUAAACUCAGUAAGACUCUACCAGCAUGUUACUGUCCAGUAAGUCUGCUCAGCAGGGCAGCUGGGGAAGGGGCUGCUGCUGGAUGCCUCCUUCCCUUCCUGCCCCAUAUGCUGUACCCACAAAGGAAGGCUCUGAACAGCUGACUCCUUUUUGUGUCAGUACCUGGUGCAGUAAGAGGCAGUACACAAAGCCACAGUACUGCAGUCAGAGGCUGCAGAGACUCGAGCCAACAUCACUGCCUGAUUGUGAGCUGUGCUGGUUUCUUCUCUGCGUGCAUGCAGGGUUGUGACGCUGCCUUAGAGACCCAGCCCAAAACUGAAUUUGUAGAGAAGGGCUGGUGAUGGUUUGUGCACCAUCAAUGCUGCAGGAGAUCUCGCAUGGCACCCAACCCAUCACCAGGUGGGCUGUGCCCAGGAUACUCCUGUAUGCAGAAACCACAGCUGGAUUUUCUGAUCAGUAUUACACUUCCUCUUUUCUGCAUCUGCAAGAAUUGCUUUCCACUGGCAGCCCCCUAUAAUUGACUUUGCGUUGUCAUUAUCAAUGCAACAGGAAAACGCCAUACAGACCGAAGCUAGUGUGCAAAGAAGGAUGUCUGGCUGCCCAGCCACCUCUAUGCAUGAUGUCCCGUUAGGUCAGACAUCCACCAAACACAUGCAAACCACAUUCUGUGAAAGCUAGCAAUCCAGUAAUCAACGUGGAUCACUUUCAAGUCAGUAUUAGUGCCAGAACAGCUAGAAUUGUGUCACACCUCCACGCCAGCAUCAGGUCUCUGGCAGCUUGGGCCCACCCCUAGAAAUGCUAGGCCAGCUCUCUCGGGAGUUGAAUGCUUCUCGCUAACUUGGAGUGACUGUAUAAAGGCCUCUGUGUUGUUUGAUGUAAUGGAUGGUGUUGGUGUGGGGUUGGUGAGCGGUGCUCCCAGCCAUGUCGCAGUACAGCGCAGCUUCUGGUUUGGAAGGGUGCUGGGGAAGGGCAUAUAAACCUCUUCUUGUGUCAGUAUUUUGGCAAGAAGGUGCCCGUGCAGGCAGGGGGUCAGCUGGUGUGGAACUUGAGCUGUCUCAGCAUGUAGGGCAUCUUCUCUCUGCUGCAGAUAUCCAAAAGUUACUGAAUUUUUUUUAAACCUUUCUAUUCUUUUCUCCUUCCUUACUUCAGUAUAUGCCAUGACUGAAAAAUUGUGCCUUUUGCAAUAGAACAAUGGCAGUUCCCUAUGAGGAAAGGCUCUGAAAUUCGAUUCUCAGCUGACUAACACAGCUUGGCCAGCUUUCUGUUCUGCCUGCCUGCUAAUUUGAACUAGGUGAGUCUAUGUUUUAAAGCAGUCAGUAGAGCCUUCCCAUCCCUAUGGGCAAUUUGUUUUGGUCUUUGACAGAAGUGCUGUGUGGACAGCUCCAUGAUAUGGCAGAUAUAAAUAGAGGAGGUGAUAAUGAGGGAAGGUGUGGCAGAUAUUAGAAGACCAGAUGCAGCUGGAUAAAGGCACUAUUGGGUCACACUCAAAGCCUGAGGCUGACAGAAGUAAGAGGUAUCAGCUUAAAAGGAGAUUUGGCAUCUCUGCUAGUGACAGUAUUUGGUCAUGUCUAGCUUGCAGACUGUCGUAUUAACAGGAGGAUUUGUUAUCCUGAAAGAUAGCAGCCAUGAGCCAUUAGUUCCUACCUGCUUGUCCCUGAUAGGGAGCUAAUUGGAGUUUUGCACCUCUCUACUGCAUCUUUAUGUUCCUCCUCCCUCUGUAUGUCUCAGAUGAAAGGAACUGCAAUUUCUGGUGUGAGAUGUGAGUCCUGCAGUGGCCAUCCUGGCUCGCUGCUGCCUGACAAUCAGCUGUUUCCUUGGGUUUCUCCUAUCAGUGACAGGCAUUACAGGUGCUCCCCCCACACAAGUGCCAGUGCUUUUAGCUCACUACACCUCCUCCCCGUCUCUCCUCCUCCUGUUCCAUUGCAUCUAACCACCUCCGUAUGCCCCUCUCUGCCUUAGGCAGCUCUGCCUCUUCUCCCAAAGCUUGAGCGUUUUGCACUUUAUAUUUUCAAGUUGAUCUCAGAGCUCCAGAGGGCCGUGUCAGGGCCCCUUCAGCAAUACGUGCUUCCUGCGGCUCACAGGGCUACAGAGAGAAGCAAGUGGUGGGGACAGCCAAGGCUGCCAUCACGUUUCAUGUCUGUCAGAGCAUUUGGAAGUCCAGAGGUACCUACAAACAAUGCUCAUGUUUAGGAGAAGGCAUCUUCUUUAGGUGCUUUUGUCUUUAAUUUGUUUCUCCACCUCACUAUUCUGAGAAUGUUCCUCCCCCCACUGCCCAGUUUUUAUUCUCUGCAUUAAAGCAUUUUGCACCACUAACAAUGCUGUAGCCAGAGUGUGUAACCAGAGGAUCUAGCUGCUUUGAAGAAUAACUGGGGGAAAUGUUGUCCAGUUACGUUCCAAAUGCAUGUUUAGUGAUUAUCUUCCAAAGGAGGUGAGCAGCACUGCUCUCUGUGCAGGGCAAUACCAAGAGCUGCGCUGCUCUGUGUGGAAUGAGCAGACAGACGGACGUGAAGGAAGCUGCUUUUGAUCCAGCAGCAGCUUUUGGUGGUUCUGUUUUAAACACAGUCACAGCAAUAAUUCUGUCUUUUGCCUUUUGCAUCCUUAUCUGUCCUUCUCUUUCCACAUUCAGACUGUUUGAUAGGUUUUCUGCAGGGCACUGCUGCUCUCAUCUCCUCUGUUUUUGUUGUCAGUCCACAACUGGCUUUCUUGCUGUUAAAGAACUCUGGCCAAGUGAUUUAUUUUUGUCUUUGCUGCCUCUUCUGUCCCAGAAUGAUGGGACAGAAGAGCAGCUGAGGUAUAUCCUUAAACUGGAACAAACCUGAAGGGAUGUGGAUGCCGAAGUGUGAUGUAGACCUAGCCAUAUGCCUUGUCUGUGAAGGAACAGCUGCGUUCUGUGUCAUAAACGUGGGGUGGAAAACCACCCCAAAA